CCGUGAAUCUGUGUUCAUCACUAGUCAGGAUUUUUGCGAAUCACUUACUUACCUGUGUUUCCAACAUGCACAUGUAAAAGUGAAGGUGUCUUUUUUUGUUGUUGUUUCUUUUGGAAACAUCAGGGUGAAAGAGGCUGAGCCUAUUCCUGCACCUGAGAGAACAAAACAGAGACAUAAAUAGAGUGAGAGACACUGGUUCAACAAAUCAGAAAGGAGGGAUAGAGAGAGGUUUCAAGCCUCCAUCUGCAGAGAGCGAGUCAGGAGACAUGCCUUCUGGCAGGAGCUGAAGAAGACAGCUGUGUUUGGUGUGGUAUUUUUAAACGCAUCAAUGCUGCUCCAAUCCCUGCGCCUCGCCUGACCUAUUUUUAGCCAGGGCUGGCCAUUGUUCUAUUUCUGUCACCUGUGAGCCCCGCAGUUGUUGAUUCACAUGCAAAUGAAGCUCGCUCCCUUCCUCGGCUCGCAUUUCUUGCCUGCGCGAGGUGCUCAGAGCGCACAGCUUUCUCUGCAACUCGGCUUUACGUUCUUUCUCUCUCUGCCCCGAACACUUUGGCGGGGUGGGUGAGGAGACCGAAACACGGGGGGGAACGUAGGCAGAUAAAAAGAAUCAGAACCAGCUGCCAUCUUCCUCCAAACAUUGUGUUGACGUUUGGACCAGACUUGAAGCACAGCAGCUGCCCUGCCGGGACAGACGGAGAGCGAUAGAGAGUGUGUAGUUUUUUUUUUGUGUGUGUGUGUGUGUGUGUGUUCGAGCUCUACAGUCAGAGUUGUUCCUCAGAGGAAGGGAGAGAGUCGCCCGGUCGUCGUGGUCUCUCUCUCUUUCUCUCUGUCUCUCUCUCUCGCUCCCCUCAACCCCCCACUGAGCUUCUGAGGGGUGGCUCUUGGUGACAGGAAACGCAAGGCUGGCGAUGAGACCUGAGCGCUGACUGGAGUAUGCUGCAGACGAUUUACGAGGGCGAGUCAAGUUUCUCCACAACAGAGGGGCGCGUCGGACACCAGCAGCUCCCCAACCAGAGCAAGAUGCGCAACAUGAACAACUCAGUCGACAUUAAGCCAGACGUGCCAUUGGCUGUGGAGCCCCUGUCCCCUUUGGACCUACGCACAGACCUGAGGAUGCUGGGGCCAGGCUCAGACCCCGGACUGUGGGAAAGGCAGCUCCAGCAGGAGUUGCUCCUCAUUCAGAAGCAGCAGCAGAUCCAGAAGCAGCUACUGAUCAGCGAGUUUCAGAAGCAGCACGAGAAGCUGACCCGUCAGCACCAGGCUCAGCUUCAGGAGCAUCUCAAGCUCCAGCAAGAGCUCCAGGCCAUGAAGCAGCAGCAGGAACUCGCUGAGAAGGAGCGCCGUCUCGAGCAGCAGCAGCAGCAACAACAACAACAGAACCAGCAGGAAAAAGAGCUGGAGAGGCAUCGACGAGAGCAGCAUGUCUCCAGCCUGAGCCUCAGGGGCAAGGAGCGCUCCCGAGAGAGUGCAGUGGCCAGCACAGAGGUGAAGCAGAAACUCCAAGAGUUUCUGUUGAACAAAUCUGCAAAGGAUCCAGUCUCUAAUGGAGCCAAUCACUCUUUCAUCCAACAUCCCAAACUCUGGUACACGUCUUCACACCACGCAUCCCUGGACCAAAGCUCUCCACCACUGGGGGGCACGUCGCCCACCUGCCAGUACACUCUGCCGUCACCUAUGGAGAGCAAGGACGACUUCCCCUUGAGGAAGACAGCGUCUGAGCCAAAUCUGAAGGUACGAUCCAGACUGAAGCAGAAGGUGGCAGAGAGGAGAAGCAGUCCAAUGCUGAAGAGAAGAGACGGAAACAUUAUUACUCCUUACAAAAAGAGGGCUUUAGAGCUUAUCGAUUCAGCGCCAACUAACAGCGCCCCUGGGUCUGGCCCCAGCUCUCCCAUAGGGGCCUCUAGUGCCUUGGGGGCUGAAAAUGGACCCUCCUCUCUGCCUACAACAACAAAAACUGAGAGGUGGCCUUCCCAGCCAAGAUUAUUCCGACCUGAGGGCUCCGUGUCCAUGCUGAGCUUGUACACAUCUCCAUCCUUACCCAACAUCUCCUUGGGGCUCUCUACUACAUCCACAACAAUUAGUGCUGCUAUGGGCUUAAAUGACAGAUCGACAGAAAUCAAACAUGGGUUGCCUGGGCACCUGCUGGGCCCUGUGCCUCUUCAGACAGCCCUGGAGUCAAAGGUCAGCCCUAGCCACCAGGCUCUGCUCCAGCAUCUCCUCCAGAAGGAGCAAAUCAGGCAGCAGAAGAUCAUCUCUUCUGGUCAAGGCUCCAUGUCCUCCCACGCUCAGUCCCCUCUGGUCAUGAAGGAUCGCCCCUCCAGCGGUCGCCCUAAGCUACCAAAACACCGACCCCUGAACAGAACCCAGUCGGCACCUCUGCCUCAGAACACACUGGCCCAACUCGUCAUCCAGCAGCAGCACCAGCAUUUCUUGGAGAAACAGAAACAGUACCAGCAGCAGGUCCACAUAAAUAAGCUGUUGUCCAAGUCCAUUGAGCAGUUGCGUCAGCCCAGCACACACCUGCAGGAAUCAGAGGAGGAGCAGGAGGAGCAGCAGCCCAGAGAGGAGAUGGAGUGCAUGCAGGAGGACAGGCUGCCCCCUGGAGGAGUCAUUCGGAAGCACACGCUAAGCAGCAGCAGCAGUGGCAGCUCGAGCGGCGAGCUCCCAGACGCUCACUGCGGGGUCAUCAAGGUCAAAGAGGAGCCGGCUGAUAGCGAGGAUGAGGCUCUGACUAAUCGGCGCCUAGAAUCCGAACAGAGCACCUAUCUCCACCAGGUCAAAGGGAGACUGGUGAUAAGAGCCAUGAUCUGAGGGAAUGGAUGGCGUUGAUAUCACCCGCUCACAACGAUCACAAACAUCCACACUUGCACGCUUGCAUACACGUCAGACAUCGCACGGUAGACCAGCUCUGUCACAACAUAUGACCUCUUCUCACUCAGCUGCAGCCUCACUCAUCCUAAACUGUUAAGACUCUGUUUGUGGUCUUUGUGUUGUGAUCGCUGUAAAAUAUGUAUGUUUCCUUGGUUGUAAAUAUGAAGACACUUUAGAUCUUUCUUUUUAAGAGCCGCUUUGGUCACCUGGAGUCUUGCUCAACAGACCUUUAUGUACAUAUACUGUGGAUUUAGCAUCAAAGAUGAUUUGUAGAGGGAAGCAUUAGCAGAUGUACAGCUUCAAUGAGCCUCCAUUCUGUACAUUUUUCCAUAAAAUAUUCAAAUAUUAUCAGUCUUUGUUCUGGAAGCUAAAUCUUUUUUUGUUUUUGUUUUGUUUUUUAUUAUUUUAUUUUAUUUUCAUAAAAACCUGUGACAACAUUCACUGUUCAUUGUUCCCACAACGGAAACGUGGAAUAUCUGUCUUAGAGAGAAUGCACAUUUAAAUCCUAACAGGGCAGAAACUCAUAUUGCAAUUUGAAGGAUAAAGCACUAAAUCCUGGCUUGGGUGUGCAGGCAUCUUCUUCACACACCCCUGGUCUCCAUCCCAUCCCGCCUUGGAAUGAUCGCAGAGCCAGAGCUCUGCAUUAGGUCGAGUUCUUCUCCUUUUCUCCCUGCCCUCCUCCCCCUCCUCCUCUCUGGGUCCAAAAUCAAAGCUUAACAGAGUUCCUGCCCAGCUUUCAGCAGAGGAGUCAGACAGGGAGAAAGGGAGAAAGAGAGAGGGUCGGGCAGGAAAUGCCUUCAAGAAGCCAGGAGUUGAUUCAUGUGUGCAGGAAUGCCGAGAGAGGAGGACCUAGUGUCGGAGGAGUCCAAGGGGCCAGGCUCGAGAAUUGAUUUACUGUCAAGACGAAUUACAAAGUGAGUGGGGAUAUGGUUAAGGGACUCCUUUUUUUUUUUUUAAAGGGAAUCGCUUCCUUCAUAUUCCCCUGCGGCCUGCUUACCUCAACACACAGGGUUGAUGUUACUUAAGAAAAAAAAAGAACAUGGAUGGGAUCUUUAUUUUAUUUUCCCCCAGAAAGUGCCCAUUGCAACCUGUAUAGUCUGUCUUAAAGUGAUAUGUCCAAUGUAUUGCGGAGUCAUGAACCUUCCUGUUUUGUUAGUACUGCUGUCGACUAAAUGUAAAAAAAAAAAAAAAAAAAAGAAAAGAAAAAAAAAUCCUACUCCAAGGUUCCGUGUUUGGAUUCAUGUGAGAAAUCAAAACUGUCCGUCUUAUGCUGCACAGUCAGAUUGUCCGUUUUUAAUGUUUUUAGUGUAAGUAAACACAAUCAGAACAAUGCGACUCUUGUUCUCCCGCUCCUUUGAUUUGGUUAUAAUGAGAGCCCCCCCGCCCCCUUCACUGCCAGUGGGUGGGUGAACCGAGGUGAAUGGGGAUGUGGGGGUUUCUGUGGUCUGUUCAUAGCAGUUUGCAUUUUGUUUUCCUCUUUGUUGCCUUGCGUGAUAAACCUUUUUUUUUUUCUAAAAAAAAAAUAAAAAAAAUAAAGUUAAAUUACCUCUGA